AUGGACCAGGCCAGGACGCACACGAACACGCCACCAGCGGAGACCAUAGCGCUCAAGUCCGAGCCCACGGCUGGGCGGGUGUCGCAGGCGGACGCGGGCAGCUCGUCGCCCGGCAGCGGUGGCCCGAACACGAUGGCAACAGCGGCGUCGUCGCCGGAGGAUAACGCAGAGGGGGAGGAGGCGCGGAGCGCGGGGCCGGGGCUGAAGCAGCCGGACCCGCGGCAGCAGCUGACGGACUACAUGCAAGACAUGCGCGCGCUGGGGUCGCAGGGCUACAUCACGCCGUCGCAGCAGCAGGGCGUGGCGGACGAGGGCCCGGCGCGCCGGCUGGAGCGCGAGCGCGGGGGCCCGGCGGACUCGUCCUUCAACACGACGAUGACUCACAACAACACGACGAUCUUCAAGCCCUUCGACACCCAGACGGGGCAGUUCCUGUCUACCCCUGCAUCUGCGGCGAGCGCGCUGGCCCGGGGGGACUCGGCGGCGACGGCCGUGUCGGCGUCGUCGGCGUCGGCCGCGUCAUCACAGGAGCACCGCUCGCGCAACGACCAGAGGCCGUCGGCGGGCCGGCUGCGCCGGAUGAAGUUCCGCUCCCACUCGGUGCCGACGAUCCUGCACUCGUCCUGCCGCAGGCUGAACGCGUCGAGCCUGACGGCCUCCGUCUCGACCUCGAGCGCGACGCAGCUGCGCGACGCCCAGGCGCCGCCGCAGCUGGAGCCCGCGUACGCCAAUUCCGCGGUCUCGUCCACCUCCACCGUCAGCUCUGGCAGCAUGCCGCCCGCGUCGCAGUUCGCGGGCAUCAAGAAGAAAAAACACGGCGGCAAGGGGAACCAGGGCUCGCUGCGGAACGCCAUCCUGAUGAGCCACCGGCUCCCGCCCGCCAGCGGCCAGGAUCUUUCGAUAGACGACCGGAUCCGGCACAUCAAGAUGCAGAGUGACCCGAUGCCGUUACCGCCGAUAAAUCUCCAGUGCUUGCGGGAGAUCGAUCUGUCUGAAAUAGUGAAGAACCCGCAGCUGAGACACGACAUUGUCUUUGACCCGUUGCUGCAGUUUAGGCCGAACUUGGACGGCGAACGAGGCGUCAAGAAGAGACAGAUUGCAGACAAGUACUGGGCGGAGGUGGAGAACGAGAUCAUAGUGUAUAACCAGCGCCCGGAGGUGUUCGACUACAGCCGCACGCGGCUCGUGCCGCUCUUUGAUACGUUAAAGGAUGUCCUUGUGACGAUAGUCCCGCAGAAGGAGAUAAGCACAGUGGAAAAUGUACUCGAUACCGAACUCUUGAUCCAGGAGCUGCUCAAGGGCUCGCUGAUCAUGACAAACUUGUCGGACUGGCUGGCGCAGCUCUUCAAACAUCACUGUGCUCCAAUGCGCGAUCCUUGGGUAGACGGCAUGCAGUGCAAGUUUAGAGAGGCGCAGGAGGAGAAGUCGGUUAUCAAACUAGUCGAGGCGCUAAAGCUAGUGUUCCAGAUAUUAGAAGCUAUGAAGUUGGACAUUGCAAACCAUCAAAUAAGAAUAUUACGACCCGCUCUGCUGAGUAACGCUGUGGAAUUCGAACGGCAAUAUUUCCGGUCUCUGAUGAAUUCGCAGCGAGUCAACUUGAAGUCCUCGUUGAAAUGGUUUAAGGACAAGUACGACGAAAGCGUUAGAGAUGGCUCGCUGAAAUCCGAUCAACUCACAAAGAUCCCCGAUAUUUACCGACUUUGCAUCCGAAAUAUAAUCAGCCUGCUUUCCUGUCGCAAGAUGGUGAGAGAGUACCCAACGUCAUUAGCAUUCGACCACGCCCGUCUAAUCUUAUUGAGAGCAGAUAUUAGACAAGCAGUUUGCCUCCUAGUUUGCAAAUUGCUUUUCAAGCAGCUAGUCGUAAAUGAUACUACCGCCGAUAGAGCCACCAAGGAAUACGUCGUCGCGAAAUAUAAUAACAAGAGACUGAAAGAAGAGAUCGUCUCGAUCAUCACCGAUGAACAUGGCAACUGCAGGUGGACGAAAAAUACGAUGUCCAUCGCUAUCCAUCUUUGUAAGACCAUAGAUGAAUUAAAGCAAGAAUUUGAGACUCUUAAAUUACAGAAUACGAGACAAUUAGGUGCCACAAGGACUUUUGCAGCUGCCCAUCAAGCUAGUAUUACUAACCCAAAGACAACAUCCACGCCAAUCUCAAAGACACUAACUCAACUUGACUCUAAGAACAUAGAUUUCGCUAAAUCGUGGUUAUCAAAACAGACCCAGCCUCUUAGCGAGGUAUAUGGCGUCCUGGAAAAUCGUGUUUUUAACUCGUUAGAGGAAAGCAUAUUUCGGAGAUCCAAUUGUACUAAAGACGGCGUUGUGAAACAAGACUUUAUCAAUCUAUGUAACUCCAAUAGCCAGGGAACUACAAGCUCUGGAAUGUCGGGAGUCAACACGAACCAUUCCGUCGCAGGCGCGUCAUGCUCACCCAGCUCAAGUGUCUUUAGCACACCUUCCAGGAACCAUCACCUGUCCGCUCCUGCCGCAGCACACGGAGGAGCGCAUCCGAGUGGGUUUCCUGAGAACGACUCCGCGGGGAGCAUGGCAUCGCUAGAUAUGGAAGAAUUCGAGAGCUUGUACCGCCACCUCUACGCUGUAGUCAACUUCCACUGGUCUGUUUUUGGAUGCCACUACGUGGAGGCUUUGGGAGACAAUGUCGAAAGAAUCUAA